GUUUCGCGCGGUCAUCCCGCUGAAGCAACAUGUUGCCUCUGAAACACAAAAAGAGUUUCCAGCAAGAUUUUGAGAGAUUCAAAGCAACAUAUAGCUGUGUUGGCAACAACGCGAUUCAUUGUCAACAAUGCAAGUAGACAGAAACCGGCUAAGCGAGCUGCUCCAACAAGCAGUCAGCCGAACCCCAAACGAAGCGAUGCUAUAUUGGUGGCACAGACGAAACUAACAAUCAGUACGAUUUGAACGCUCGCGAAAGUAACGCGCUUGUUGUGAGAAAGUUGAAUUUGAUUAAAAAUAAAAAGAAAUAAAAUAAGCUGCUGUGUAAACAAGUGUUUUUGCUUGUGCGAAAUAUACAUAUAAAGGAAUAAGAAAGUAAUUUGAAAACAGAAAAUAAAAAUGGAGUUCAACAAUCGUCUUUUGCUGAAAAUCAUUGAGCUGGCUUUCAUCACGAGCGCCAUUGUCAUGAUCGAAAUUAUAAGCGACCAUUCGUAUACGAGUCAAGCGAUGUUGGUCUGUGGCACUCUAACGGGUUAUUUGAUUAUCUGCUGCACUUUGCUUCUCGGUCAUCUACUCGGCGCUGUUAUUGAUAAGCGCAUCGACUGUCUCUUCAGUAUCGGCGCAAUCAUAAUGUUUAUCGGAUCCGGUAUAAUUGUGAUGGAUCGUUGGACCAAUGAAUUUCAACAUUCAGAGGAUCGUAAUGCGAUAAAGACUGCUGGCGUAUUUAUGUUGAUAAAUGCAUUCAUAUUUUUAGCCGAUACUCUUGUUACCCUACGCAGUUAAAUAAUACUGUUAAAGUAGUUAUAUAUAUUAGUACUUAAAAAAUAAUUUAUUAAGCUUCCAAAAGUUUGUGUGCAAAAUGUGCCAAAGUUAUGAUAAAUAUUUAUAAAGUAUAAUAAUAAUAUUAUAUAUAAUAUUAAAUAACUAAAAUACUUAAAAUAUUUCAAAUAAAAAUUAAAUUGGAAAAUAUUAAUAAUAAUUUCAAUAAACUAAAAUAAAAUAAAAUUAAAAAUAAUAUAUUCAUCAAGUCAUCGUUUAAUAAGUUUUGCAAAUAAAUACUAAUCAGUGUUGUUGCCGCAUUUUGUUUCUAGGGCAUCGCGAUCGCCUGCAUUG